GAAGGAGGGCGGGCUCAGAACGUUCCCCGGGAGGACCCGUCGCUGGAGGAUCCCGGGAAGCCGAUCUUCCAAACUGGGGGUUUUGCAAACUCGCUUUUUUUUCUCUGCAAUCGUCUUUUUCCGCCGCUGCGGGCGCUUUGCGAGCAGGCUUUAAGCGAAGAUGGGGUUUGCAGAGGAUAAGGUGAAAGAAUACAUCGAGAGGAACUACCAUAGGUUCCACAACGUGCGUUUGAACCAGCUGCUAGAUUUUCUACCGUGCCUCACCGCGGCAGACAGGCAGCAGAUCAGAUGUAGCACUGACAGGCACGGGGACAUAUUGUCCGUGCACAAUUUCUUCAGCCACCUCUGGUGCAGGAGAGGCUGGGUGACGGACUUGAUCGCCGCUCUCGAGAACAACAAUUCGGAGCUUGCCGAUGUCAUCCGGAACGUUUACCAGAAUGCGCAGCUCCCAAGACGUCCACCUGUCGCACAGUGCUCUCCGUCGCCAGCACCUGCUCCCGUGCGCUCCAGCACGCCCUCUUCUGAUGACCCCCCACUUUCUCCUCCACGUAACCAGCCAAGACCAACCAGAGACCCCCUCCCCACAUGUGCCAAUGCCUUGCCAUGUGCACACUCAGCAUCCCUCCAAGAUGUAGUGGAUUACAUGUCUCCGGUUCAAGAGUCUCCCGGUCCAUCUGGGAGCAGUGAGUCAGCUUUAAAAGAAAAGCCUUGCGGGAAAGACAUGAAGAAGAAGGUAUACACUCCGGAUCAACGUAACAGAAAUGCAGCAGCAUCCGAUGUCAGCUUAGAACCACAGCCCGAAAAUCCGGCCAACGCCCAGAUUGCAUCUCCUAGCUUUCCGGUUCAACACCCGACGCCUCUCGGAGAGGAGUCCGAGAUGGAAAUGCAGAACUCCACACCUGUAUCCUCAAGCUCUGAUGCAGGUAAUUUGGUACGGAACUGGGACGGUUUCCAGCCACGUCCUGUCUGUGUGGAAAAUGGCUAUUUUGGAAACCUGAGUCGAUCAGUCGACAGUGGUCUGUCUCCAGCCCCAGAACUGGCCGUCUCUUCUGCCUCUACAGCUUCUAGCAAUCAGCCCGAGGAGAAUUCCUAUUUGUCUUCUGACAGCUCCCCGUUGACUCCAAGAGGUCAUGCUGGGGCACAGGUUAAAGAAGAGAAGAUCCCACCCUUGUGGGAUUGCCAGCGAGAAGAUCGGCUAGAUAAUCCAGCCAACAGACCCGUCCUUCGGUUGGAAGUUGAUGAAAAGCAGAAAGGUGCUCAGGACCAACGGGACAGUACCCGUAACGUCAAUGCUGUCCCCUUGUUCCAGAAGGAAGACGAUAGACAUAGCUGGCAGGUGAACAGCAGGAGACUGGAUUUCAGGAACCUACCCGAUGAUGCUAACCAGACAGGCAGUAUACCUGCAAAUCUGCAAAGAGGCAAGAUGCUCCCGCCUUCCAUUCCCAGUGAAACAGUGGCAGCCAGCUGCUUUGAGCAGGACUCUUCAAGAGGGUGUUCAGAAGACGUAUCUCAUGAUCGCCGUCAGCGUUGUGAAGCUACUCCUGCUGGAGGCCAGCUCCCUGAAGGCUGUCAGGCUGUUCCCAAGGGAAAUACGGUUGACCUAGAAACAAGGGGGCCCUUCGCUCCGGGAGCUUCCCCAACCGCUUCUUCUCUUGGCCAGUCUCCGUCUGACGGUGGUCAGCUUCCCCAGAGAUCCUUAGGAAAGGAGCGCUUUGGUCAGAUCCCCGGCACCGUUCCUGUUGGCAGAUUUCGACCUCCGCCUUCCGACGGCAGCUGUCCUUCCUCCACCAAUGUGAUCCCUCCCAGCUCACCUGUGGUUGUUUCAGCCGCUCUGAGUGAUGGGUAUCAGGAGGAUCUUAAGCACCCUGUUCAAGAGAUCGCCUCUGGGAAAAUGAUGGAAGACAUUCCUCCAAGAGCAACUGCAGCCUGCCCCUCCUAUGCUACGGAUAUUCCCGCAAAUUCAAGAGAUAAUAAGGAUAGCUCCAGCAGAUCUUCCAGAGGCACCGUUCAUGGCUUCCGCGGUGACUAUGAAGAGGAAGACCUCUCCCUAUUGAAGCCUGGUAUUCUAGUUUCCCAGGAAAUCAUAGCGGGAGCUGUUGACCAGCUGUCGAGCAUCGAGGAUAGAGAAUAUUCUGGAACAUCAGAGAGGCUUCGUUUCAGCAGUGAAUGGUCUGACGAAAGUGACCCCUUGUUGCUGAGCGAUUCCACUCAGGGUAGUUGCUCUGAAGCUUCCGGAAGAAAUACGUCGAUGGGAACCAACAGCGCUUCUCUUCAUCGUCAGAACGGCGACGACUUCGAAGGGGGCUCCGUCAUAACCCACACCGUUCGCGUAGUGGAGCCUCCCAGCAUCGAUCUCUCCGGAGCACCUGAAAUGAUCCAUACGGCUCUCAGGGACGCUCGCCAGCCCCCAGGUGACGUUUCGGACUCGGUCGCUGGGGAUCGGCUGACCAAAAAUGGCAGCUCUCGCUCUGUUCACGACAACAGCCGCCAAAAUUCCCGGCAGAACAAAAGCGCCGGCGAUGCAGCGUCUCACGUGAGCGAUUUGACGAUCCUUACCGUUGGGUUCACCCUCGGUUUGGCGAUCGUGGCCUUUGUGUUGUAUAAGCGGCUGAAGAAAUAGGAGCCGGUGGGUGAGAGAUGGAGACCUUUACAGAAUAUUGCUUCUGGCCAGCUAAGAAUGAGAAAUCAAGGCUUGUACUGAUUUCGCACACAGCUUACCCCGCGGUCACGUUCCUCUUCUCCGCGCAGCGUCCGUUGGAUUUCCCACUGUCUGCGGCGGAGUUACAGGAAGCGUCGCGGCUUUCGCGUAGCCAACGUAAACCGCUAAAACCCAGUUCACGUUUGCUACGCAAAAGCCGCGGCGCUUCCUGUAACUCCGGCACAGAUAGUGGGAAAUCCGACGGACGCUGCGCAGAGAAGAGGAACGUGACCGCGGGGUAAGCUGUGCGAAAUCGGUCACAGUCUCCUACGUGCUCUAAAAUCUUAACUUUCCUGCCAGUACAAAGCUUUGUGGGAGGGCUGGGGAAUAACCAAACAGUGCUUGUAUUCUUGAAUAUGCUCCCUCCAAAGACAUGUGAUGGUUCGGAUGCCUCGCCUUUCCCCUGAGAUCCACCCUCGAUGAUCGCGUCAAGCCUCCUUAUCGUGACUGUGAUAUUCGAUACCUGAAAGUUCGCGCCACGUUUCAUCAGAGCCUUUAGGGGGUACCGUUUUUGCAGACAGCGUUACCCUUGUCUCGUGGCAGGCGCCCCCAUUCGGGGAACAGGUCCGUGGGAUCCAACCUAACGCUUCUGGGCAGAUUGCAUGGAAAUCUCUUCUGCUGGGUUUUUUUUUUGGAGCUCGGCUGCCUUCUGUGGUAAAUUCAGAGACACAAUCCCUUGAUUGUUCGAAUGGCGGGAAUAGCGCUCACAACAUGGAGGCCAGCUCCGUGAAGCCGCCGGGCUUCUUGACAAGGAGAGAUGCGGCGCUGGACAAAGGCACAAGUUAAGUCCGUUCAACCAAUUGACCUGUUUCCGCUGAUCUGUAGUACAACUUUCAUGCCGUUCUUGUACGGCAAAUCAAUUAGGGAGCUUGCUCCUCUUUUAAAUCCGUUCUCCUCCCGUUCCGAUGAUGCUCGGGCCUGCCCGAUUGCCUUGGAGGGCUUGAAAACGCGAGGCCCGCCUCAUUCGUUUUUGUAUUUUCUUCUUUAAUUGUAUAAAAAUAAGAACAAAGCUA